AUGUCUGACGCCGAAUACAAGGAAGCAUUUGCCCUGUUCGACAAGAAGGGAACGGGAACCAUCGCGCGCGAGUCACUGGGCGAUCUUUUGCGCGCACUCGGACAGAACCCAACGCAGGCCGAAGUAGCCGACCUGGCCAACGCAGCGCCCAAGGACAUCGACUACGCCUCUUUCCUCAACAUCCUGAACCGACCAAAUGGAUUCAAACCAGCAGGAACACCCGAAGAGUUCAUCCGCGGAUUCCAGGUGUUUGACAAGGAUGGAAACGGAUUCAUCGGCGCAGGAGAGUUGAGAUACGUGCUGACGAGCUUGGGCGAGAAGUUGAGCGACGACGAAAUGGACGAAUUGCUCAAGGGCGUUCAGGUUCACCCGGAUGGUAACAUUCACUAUGAAUCGUUUGUUAGGCAGAUCCUCAGCCAGUAA